AUGAGUAAUACUGAUUCAUUUGCCAUUGUACAUUUUCCUCAAAAUCCAAAAGUAUCAGCUGAAGAUUUAGUUGAUAUUCAAUUUAAUGCAACCAACACAAGCAUAAAAACAGCUGAUAUAACCUAUGAGGGACAAGCAACAAAAUCAUCGGAAUUAUGUGGUAUUCUUGGUUUUGUUGAUGAUCAAGGUCAUAUACAUCUUUCAUCGAAUUUCGCUCUAUAUUCAAUGCGUCCAAAACUAACGGAUUUCAAUACGGAAACAAAAUCAACUCCAACCACUGAAGAUACUAAACUCAAUAGAACUGAUCUUGAUGAAAAAUUUGGUACAGAGAAAAAACGUCGUUCUGUACAUUCAAAAAAACGUAAUACAAUCGAAGUUAAUGUUCUUGCAACUGCUGUAUCAGCUGCACGUGAACAAGUACUGAAUACAACUACAAAUGAACACUUAAAUGAAAGUUUACUCAACAAUAGUAUGGUUUCAUUUAACGAUGACGAUCAACUGACGCUACCAGCACCUAAUUAUGAUGCAAAAAAACCAGAAGAAGUUUUCGUUCUUGAUGAUAUUCUCAAUGAAAAUGAUAUGCUACUAUUAAAUGAUAAAUGUAGUCAAAUUGUCGAUGGAACUAAAGAAGAUAUACAAAAAUGGGCAAAAGAAGGUACUUAUGCAUCGUUUGUAUGUGAUCAAAUGAAAAAAUUACCUGUUGAUCAUGCUGAACGUAUUAAAUCUGCGUCGAAAAUCCUUUAUUUACAUUAUCUUAUUGCUUUUUUUAAACGUUCAAUGUUUAAACGACUAUCUGGAAAACCAUUUCCUGAUGAUGCUCCUCGUGCUUUGCAAGACAAAGCAUUACAAGUUUAUGCUAUUGCUAAUAUUAAUGAACGAACACGAAAAGAAGUCAAUACUGUACCACCUCGUCUUCGAUUAAAAUUAACCGCACAUAUAUGCAUUCUAUCUUUAUAUAUCUGUCGAUUUACAGUAGAUGUUGAUAGUCUACGUUUAUCACUGGGUAGUUCAAUAUCAAUAUCAAAAUUACAAGACAUAUUCAGUGAACUUGGUUGCAAAAUAAUAAAAGUAGCACAUACUAAUGUUGCCACGCUUGAGACACCAAUAAAUAAACCGAAAUUAAAAGAUGGAAUGUCACUUGGAUCGAAUAGAAAACGAAAAAGAACCAAUUGA